AUGGAAAGCUCGGGAGACAUAUUGAAACGUGCUCGAGCACGCUACGCCGACGCUAAGUUGGCAGCAGAGAGCACCAUGUCGGAGCACAUGUCCCGUUCGUCCAGUCUGCUGAGGCAGUUUCAGGGCCGUAUUAAUGGUAUGCAACCUCAUAUGUCAACGAGGACUCAGAUGUCAUAUGUGAGGUCACUCAAAGGUGGAUCGGGUGCAGCGACUGAUGACAAUCCCUCUGCAUAUGACAACACACUGAAUAUGCCGAUGUUCUGCAACCAGGCCCAGUUAUCGUCAUCGUGGCCAUCGACCCGUCACACGCCGAAACAAAUGACACAGGCAAUGUGGAUAUCGCAGACGGCAACUGUGCACUCGAAUAUUUCCGAGAUAUCAAACUGGGAGGACACGGUUAAGAUUCCGGAAAUCCUGAUGACCGACCCUGCCGACGUGCUGUGCGGCAAGACGACAGCACUGAACAAAUCGCAGGAUGAGGAACGUGACACUCUAAGCGAGCUGCUGAAGGACACAAGCUACGAGAUGGCCCUCGAGGCCGAUGUUGGAAACUCGCAUCGUGCCGCGCCAAUGUUUUCGCAACAUGUGGCUUCUGUCGUGGAUUACGCUAAAACCACUCCAACAUCAACGGACCCGAAACGUGAUACGGUUGCAAACCAACCCCUUCUGAGUACCUUGGUUAACGACACGUGUACGCGUCUAGAGGGUCUUACUCGGGAAUGGCAACCUGCCAAGGGAAGCGGGGCACGCCUUGUUGACGCCAACGGUGGACUGUUAAAGGUGCUUAAUGACUCGUGCGACGACAACAAGCUGAGUGACAUCGAUUCUCUGUAUCUGAAGACUUUCGGCACUCGCUCAGGCGUGUCGAACAGCGACAAGGGUUACACGCUGACACAUGCGCUUCUUCACAUCAACCAGCUUGAUAACAACCGUGAGGCUGAAUUGGCGCCGAAAAUAUGCGUCGUCCGCCCACUGAACGAAGUUUCUGCCACCCGGAAGGCAUCUACACCCUCCCGUCUACCAACGGCAGGAGCUGUCACACCCCCACCUCUAAGCGAGACAGUUGGCCCAUCUAACCUACUCGAGAGUGUGAACAUCUUGUGUGAAGACAAAUACGCGGUCCGCCUGCACAAGAUGUCCGACUUCAACAGGUCGUUCGCCCACGUCGGCGCCAAGAACGGAAGCGAUGUGGAGAUACAAACGGACGCGGUCAGCAUGCCCGAACCAAAGAGCGCCGAUCCGCUGAAAUCCGCCAGUAAGGUAAAGGUUGUCUACUCCGGCAAUGUGGACCGCAUCCCGGGGUCUGGGGAAGAUUCGAUGACGAUAAGACCCAGCAAUCACGAGGUCGCCGCGGAGAAGUCCGCCUCAGCAAUAAUUUCGAAUGUAAAGCCCAGGCUACCUGAUCCCUCCACAAGCCAUGGUUCUCCCAUUCCUUUGAAUCGCAACCCCAUUCCACCCUUGGACGUCCGUGCACGCCGUGACGUUUACAGGGGCUGUUUGGACAUGCUAGACGAGGCCGAACGUCGCCGUUGGCAGCAGAAACGCGCACCACUCUACGAGAAAAUGCGUGAUAUGGAGCGUUGUGGGAUGCGCAUGUCGGCAGUCUGCCGAGGCGGACGCAGGGGCGGUUCGCGUUUGACUCACGGUGCGCACCUUGCUUCUUCGCCGCAAGAAAUCGCAUCGACCUCACCAACUACCAAAAAUGCUGACAACUCGCCUCCAAGCACCCUGAUAUACGAGUCCCCGUCCAACCGCAUUCGUCAGCAACAGGAAGCGGCGGCCACCGUGGCUCCAUCGGUUCAACAGCAAGCCAAAGUGGACUCUCCGCGUAUCGCCCGAGGCUACUACGGAUACGACGACAUGCCCGCGAUGAGGGUCAAGCCAACGCAGCGGGUGCAUACGCGCGAGUUCUUUGCAACUCCAGCAAAUCGCCCAUCGUCGCCACGGGCGGCCAACCUGAAGUCUGCCGUCAAGGGUGUUGCGGCCCCGCCCGCAGUGGCAAGCGGCCACAACCCGUUCGAAGACUUCGACGGCUGGUGGAACCAACACAGCGUUCCUCUGUCUACUUUGAGGCAACAGCUGUCCAUAUCGUAG